CAAGACCCUGAACCUCAUGCACGCCCACCCAGUGCAGGAUAGACAUAGAGAUAGAUGAUGAUGAUGAUGAUGAUGAUCAUACUCGACAGAUGACACAGAUACUCGGAAGGAAUACCUUCAACCUCAUCACGAGUACGAGAGGACUUGGACUUGCAAUUGCCUUUGACUUUACCUACGAUCUACCGGGCAUUUAUUUUUUGCUUUUUUUCGAUUGCCGCGCGUCAUUGCGGGUGCACAUGAAUAAAAGUAGUCCUAGCCACGUAUGCUCCGCCUGUGGAAAUGUGAAACAAAAUUCAAUUAUUCCGCUAGACCGAAAAACAAAAAAAAGAGCCAGAACAGGAGCGCAAAAAUAAAAAACGAAAAGCCAUGGCCAGAGGCAGCUCGUUCCGCCCCGUUUGCGGUUGCGGUUGUAAGCAGAUCUUGACUGCGGUCGCAAGCAGUUUUUGCGGUUGUAAGGCGUAUGCGCGGCUGUGCUAACAGCUGUGCGCAGUUGUUGUGGCUGGGGUGGUUUUUGCGCCACUUUUCUGCAUACCGCGGCUGUCAUUCGUCGUGCCAAAUUAUGGGUAGGUCUCCACAGGCGAGAAGAGCCCCGCGCUUUUCCACCCGAUGCAGGCACUGAGUGCCGAGAUCGUUUUGCUUAGGCUUGUUUGCUUCCCGCCAGCUCUUCAAGACUUUGAAAGCCUGGGGCGUCGUUCUUCCUACCUUCCAGCGCCGCGCGCGCUUUUUUCAGCCAGCUUUGACGACCUUGCCUCCUAUUUUUGUUGCUUGUCAAAUUCAAAAGGUAAAGGUUUGCAAGUUCUGCUGUUGGCCCUCAUCUUCAAGCUUUGCCUUUUCUUUUGCUUUCAACUUUCACUUUUUGACUUUAGCCUGUACUUUUAGUUUUUGCCUUUGCUUUUAGUUUUUACCCGUACCUUAGUUUUUCGCUUUUACUUUUAGUUUUUACUUUUGGUCUUUUUUACUUUUAGUUAUUUCUUUUAGUUUUCACUUUUUGUCUUUUGCGGAGUAAUUGUUUGGCUGUCACGACUUUAGUCUUAGCAAGGGAUAGAUUAGUAAAGUGAUUUAAUUUACGCGGAAGUGCAUCGUCGAGCUUCCUUCCCU